CCUCCGGAGGUGGCGGCCCCACGCGGCCCAACAAGCUGCCGUUGUCCCGCGGGCCCUGGGCCCGGCACACUGGGGCUUUGUCCAGCCCCCCGCCGCGACCCACGGUGGGGGGGGCCCCACAUGACCGAGGGGGUAGGAGGAGCCUGCGGCGGCGGUGGCGGCGGCGGCGGCGGCGGCUCCACCACCAUUUCCCUCCCUGGCCGGGGGUCGGCGGGCGGUGGUGGCGGCGGCGGCGGCGGCGGCGGCCGGGCAGGGGCCCCUGUUCCCCGCCAGGCUGCAGGCGCCGGGCGUGGGCCAGCAGGGCAGCUGUGACCCGAGCGCUCUCCGGGCGGCGAGCUGGGGGUGCGCCCGGACCCCCGUCCCCGUGAUCAUGGGGAAUGGCAUGACCAAGGUACUUCCUGGACUCUACCUCGGAAACUUCAUUGAUGCCAAAGACCCGGACCAGCUGGGCCGGAAUAAGAUCACACACAUCAUCUCCAUCCACGAGUCACCCCAGCCUCUGCUGCAGGACAUAACCUACCUUCGCAUCCCUGUGGCAGACACCCCUGAGGUACCCAUCAAAAAGCACUUCAAAGAAUGUAUCAACUUCAUCCACUGUUGCCGCCUCAAUGGGGGGAACUGCCUUGUGCAUUGCUUUGCAGGCAUCUCCCGCAGCACCACCAUCGUGACGGCAUAUGUGAUGACUGUGACGGGGCUUGGCUGGCGGGACGUGCUUGAAGCCAUCAAGGCCACCCGGCCCAUCGCCAACCCCAACCCAGGCUUUAGGCAGCAGCUUGAAGAGUUUGGCUGGGGCAGUUCCCGGAAGCUCCGCCGGCAGCUGGAGGAGCGCUUCGGAGAAAGCCCUUUCCGCGACGAGGAGGAGGUGCGCGCGCUGCUGCCGCUGUGCAAGCGCUGCCGGCAGGGCUCUGCGCCCGCGGCCGCGUCCCCCGCACCGCACGCGGCGGCCUCCGAGGGAACCCUGCAGCGCCUGGUGCCGCGGCCGCCCCGGGAGGCCCACCGGCCGCUGCCGCUGCUGGCGCGCGUCAAGCAGACUUUCUCUUGCCUCCCGCGGUGUCUGUCCCGCAAGGGCGGCAAGUGAGGAUCCCGGCCCGCCGUCGCGCCCCUCUUCCUCCCGACUCGACUGGUCCCCUUCGGGGCUGUCUGGGCCGCCCACGGCCUCCAGGACGGGCCCAGAGCCUGUGGGAGCCCCCGCGGCGGCCUGAGCCCCGCCCCCAUGCCCGCCCUGCUCGUCCGCGUCCGCAGUCUGUGUGUCCUCCAACUCUGCGCGUCUGUCUCUGUGUCUGGGCCGGCCUGCUGCAGCCGCCUGGUGCCUUAGUCCUUGGGCCGGGGGGAGGGGGCACCCGGGCCUCCACCCUUAAAGGCAGCGGGAG